AUGUUUAGGAAAGCUCUCAGUAUUACGGUUCUUACUCUAUUAUUGAGUACAUCAUGUAGUGCAUACAUCCACCCCAUAGUUAUCCGUGGUAAUUAUUUUGUUGAUAGUGUAACAAACAAACCAUUCUAUAUUAAAGGUGUUGACUAUCAACCAGGAGGCUCUUCGGGAGUUUCAGAAUUGAGCGAUCCCCUUUCAGACCCAUUAACUUGUGCAAGAGAUGCAUUAUUAUUCCAAGAUUUAGGAAUAAACACUAUUAGGGUAUACUCAAUUAAUCCAGACUUGAAUCAUGACAUUUGUAUGUCAAUUCUUGCUGCAGCAGAUAUAUACUUGGUACUUGAUGUAAACUCCCCUCAACCUAACCAACAUUUAAAUCGGUACGAUCCCUCCUCAACCUACACUGAAUCGUACCUAGAACAUGUUUUUAAAGUGGUUGAACAGUUUUCUUACUAUAACAAUACUCUUGGAUAUUUUGCAGGAAAUGAAAUUAUUAAUGAUAGGGUAUCAGCGAAACAUUCAACAGUUUACAUUAAGGCUCUCAUUAGGGAUAUGAAAACGUAUAUUGAAUAUAAUUCUCCUCGUACUAUCCCAGUCGGGUAUUCUGCGGCAGAUGAUUUACAAUAUAGAAUUUCUCUAUCCGAUUACCUUGAAUGUAUCGAUAAAAACCCCAAUGAGUCGGUUGACUUUUAUGGAGUCAACUCUUACCAAUGGUGCGGAGAGCAAACUUUCUAUACCAGUGGCUACAAUGUUCUCGUUGAUGAUUAUAGUACCUACAGUAGACCUGUUUUCUUUUCAGAAUAUGGUUGCAAUGAAGUUACCCCUCGAUCUUUUGGUGAAGUUCAGACUCUUUACUCCAACGACAUGGUUGAUGUAUUCAGCGGAGGUUUGAUUUAUGAAUUCACCCAGGAACCAAACAAUUAUGGUCUCAUUCAAAUAGAGGACAACGGUAACGUGCAAUUGCUACCAGAUUAUUUUGCAUUGAAGUCUCAAUAUCAAUCUAUACCAGACAUAGAUUAUCAACGAAUUGCAAUAAAUAUGCGUAUGAACUCCAAAGAGCUUCAAGCAAAGGCAAAAACUCAGAAAUACCCACAACCUCAAUGUCAGCAGACGUAUGACAAUUUAGAUAUAUCAAAAGGAGUUCCUCCAAGCAUUGCUGAUAAUCUUAUUGAAAGAGGUGUAGAUGUACAUAUAGGGAAGUUUGUUGAGAUUUCAGACAGCCAAUUGCACACGAAAUUUGGGUAUUCCAAAUCCAAUGGUGAAGUUUAUCAAAUAGAUCAUAAUAUAUUGAGGGUAAACGAUCAUAUGAGUGGGCUGGAAGUGAAAGGUAAAAAUAGAGCAGGGGGGUUUCAAAACUGUACGUAUGAUGAAAUUGACAAUGAAAAAUUUGGCGAUGAAGUUAUAGAUGACGACUAUAAUGAGACUGAAGAAGACACGGAAGAAUAUACGGAUGAAGAUGAUACUGGAGAAUCUUCAAACCCAUUUUCGAUUAUAAUAAACAAGGUUUCAGACUUUGUGCACCGGUUAUCUCAUCACAGUUAA